AGGUCAAUAGCGCAUCGUCGUCAGCCCAUUAAACAUGUCUUUUUAUAGCCAAACCAUUUGUUUUGUCGCCGUUUUAGUCGUUUGUCAUCAAUUUUUUCGAGCAGACGCUGUUUCUUGUGGCGAAGGUUGGACUUCCUUCGAAGACUCAAAAUGUUUCAAAUUCUAUGAUUCCUUCGAAGAAAGGGAUGCAGCUGUUCAGAUAUGUUCUGAAAAUUCGGCCCGCCUUCUAUCCAUAAAAUCACGACAGGAACAGGACUUCCUGAAAACCUGGAUUUUCCAGGAUAUGGUGGUACAGAACAGCAUUUGGUUGGACGGAAACCGAUCCAGCAGUACUAAUUUCGUCUGGGCGGAUGGGGACGCGAUGUCCUUCACCAACUGGGACGUCGGAUAUCCCACCAAUCAAACUGGUGACAAUGGCUGCAUGGAAAUGUCACCUAAUGCGACCGUAGUGGAAGUUGGGGCUUCCGAGGACGGAAAAUGGAAAGAUGUUCCGUGCUCGAAAAGCAAUUUGAUCGUUUGCGAAAAGAAACCAACGCUGACGGCACCCGAGCUUCAAAAUAUGGUAGUUCAACUACGAGAUAACCCGGUUCCUCUGGGAUUCAUCUAUGUUCAGCUGCCCCUGCAUCCGUCACCACAAACGCUGUGGCCAAACCUUCACUGGCGGAACGUAUCGAGCAGUUACGCUGGCUUGUUUUUUCGGGCGGAAGGUGGCACCGCGUCUGCUUUUGGAGUAAUCCAGUCCGAAAGUAGUAAUCGGCUAGGUAACUUGGAGUCCUCUUCGUCAUCGAUAGGAGAUUCAACGUCAAUUACGGUCCCGAGUAAAGGAUGGUCCGAGUUCGUCAGGACCGGAUAUGGUUUAUAUCCAUACGUCAAGUAUCAAGGGAUACGAGUUCAAAAUACAGGAAAUGAGACGUUUCCACGAAAUAUGGCUAUGCGAAUAUGGGAGCGAAUAUGAAAUAAAAACUCAAAUUCUAUUCAUUGA